UUGCUAGCUUUCCUGUGUGCCAGACCCUUACUGCAACAAGAAGCUAUUGGUUUUGAAAUAAUUUCAUCUUGUAGCUGAUUAGAAGAAACAACCAUUUAACAAGUUUUCCUACCUGAAUAAACACCUUUCUCCAGCUACUAUAUGAAGGAAGUUGAAUGACAAUCUUGCAUGCAGGAAUUCUCUUCACUGAAAAAGACUAAGAAGAAAACUCUUCAUUCAGAAGAAUUCCAUUAUGGGGAAAAAAAGGGCUAAAGUUAAAAACCUUGAGAAGAGUGAGCAACCAAAUCUGUCUCCAAAUAUUGAUGACUGGACAAAAGAACAAGUAAAACACUGGGUAAUUGAAGAACUUAAGAUUGACCAGAAAUAUGGUGAAAUCUUGUUUAGCCAAGAUGUGACAGGUUCAGCCUUGAAGCUGUUUACUAAAGAACAUUUUACAGCUAUAGGCAUAACGUAUGGCCCAGCUCUUCAAAUUAUGAAUGCAUUGAAAUGUAACUUUCUAGUUGAAAGCACAGCUCAGACAGUUAGACAAGAAGAUAGUGAAAAGACUCAUGAUGAAAAAUAUUUAAUGGAGAAGGAAGAUGGAGGAAGUGCAAAGCAAGAUGAAAAGAAUAAAGGAAAAUCAAAGUCAGCAGAUGCCAGUGAGUCACAAGAACUUAGAUUAUCUGAAUGCACAAAGUCUAUAGAGUCUAUGCUCACAGAUAGAAUAGAAAACAAGUUAGGUGAAGCAAAAGAUAAAUCAAAGAAAUUACUGGAAAAUAAUCAACAUCCAACCAGACAAAACUGUUUGCCAUAUCCUUUUGAUGAGUUUCAUGAUAGUCGUCGUUAUAUACAGCACUAUAUUCUUAAUGUCCCUGAAACAGGGCCACUGAAUCUCAUUGAGCCAGCACAUGAGUUCAAACUGUUCACAAACACAGAGAAAGCAACAGAAGAGGAUAUUAAGCUGAAAUUUAGCAAUGAAACCUUUAGAUUUGCUGCUGCAUGUAUGAAUUCCCGCACUAAUGGUACUAUUCAUUUUGGAGUAAGCAACCAGCCACACGGGGAAAUUAUAGGAGUGAAACUAAGCAGUAAAGAUGAAUUUAUUGACUAUUUUAAUGAAAAAAUUGAAAAGUACUUUGAUCAAAGUUUUGUCCGUGUUGCAAAAGACUGCAUUAGGGCACCUAGAUUUGUGGAAGUAUUAUUGCAAAAUAACACUCCAUCAAAUACAUUUGUCAUUGAAGUAGAUGUAGUUCCAAAACACUCUAUAUGUCAAACAAAAUAUUUCCAUAUAAAUAAUUACAAUUUUAAGACUAAAACUUGGGAACAGUCUUUAUUUAUACGGGAUGGACCCAGCUCUAAAAACAUUUUUAAUAAUCCAAAAGAACUCCAGUCAUUUAAGUCCAAGAUUACAUCUGCAGCAGAUCGUCGAAAAGCAGCAGAGGAAGAACACAGAGAAAAACGAAAGAAGAAAGAGAAUGAGGGUCGAAAGCUGAUUAGCCUACUCACAGGUAACAGGGACUUGCUGGAUAAUUCCUAUUAUGACUGGUAUAUAUUAGUAACAAACAAGUGCCAUCCUUCUCAAACACAGCAUUUAGACUUUUUGCAGGAAGUAAAAUGGUUUGCUGUGCUGGAGUAUGAUUCUCAAUCAGAAAAGAUCGGGGUGGCCAAAAAAUACAGAGAAAAACGAGGUGCAAACCUUCAUUUUCCAAAUCAGUAUCAAAUGAAAGGGAAAACAAUUUCUGAAAUAAUUGAAGAUCUGAAUCUCUAUCACCAGCCCAGCUGGAUUUUCUGCAAUGGCAGAUCAGAUCUUAAUGAUGAAAAAUAUCAACCUUUAGAUCCCAGUUUGUGGCAACAAAAGAGGGCUGCUGAAGUCAGGAAAUUGAUUUCAUUUCUUUCACAUCCAGACGUACUGCAAAGAGGAAAGUUUCUAGUAGUGUUUCUUUUGCUCUCCGAAGUGGAAGAUCCAGGGGAUCCCCUUAUUGAAACAUUCUGCACAUUUUACCAAGAUCUGGGAGGGCUUGAAGACAUGCUCUGCAUUUGUAUUGGUUCACAAACAUUCCAAAUAUGGAAAGAUCUUCUGCAAGCUAGAUCCAUUAAUCAAGAUGAACUUACUGAGAGAUGCGUUGCUAAUUUAAACCUUCCAAGAGUGAAUGGUACUAUCCUUAAAUUGAAAUCUGUGACACAGUCUUCUCAGAGGCUUUUACCAUGUAAUGGUUCUUCUACUGUUCUUCUAAAGAAGGAAGAAGACUUCAUGACAGCAUUGGAAAUACUUUGUGAAAAUGAAUGCAAAGAUACAGAGAUAGAAAAGGAUAAAGCUCAAUUUUCUGAAUUCAGAAAAUCUCAAGAAGAGCAUUUUUACCGGGGUGGCAAAGUGUCAUGGUGGAAUUUUUAUUUCUCUUCUGAAAACUAUUCUUCCCCCUUUAUCAAGAGGGACAGUUAUGAAAAACUUGAAGAGUUGAUUCAAUCUUCAUCCCAGUCCUUUACACAAAAACCGUCAAAAGUUAUCAAUCUUUAUCACUCUCCAGGCUGCGGUGGAACUACUUUAGCUAUGCAUGUUCUCUGGGAGCUAAGGAAGAAAUUCAGAUGUGCCGUGCUGAAAAAUAAAACUGUUGAUUUUGCAGAAAUCGGAACACAGUUAACAACUUUAAUCACCUACGGCGCAACCAACCAAGAAGAUUACUUGCCAGUAUUACUUCUUGUAGAUGAUUUUGAAGAGCAAGAAAAUGUCUACUUUCUGCAGCAUGAAAUUCAGUCAGCUAUAGUAGGAAAAUGCAUUAGCUAUGAAAACCCUGUAGUGAUCAUUAUAAAUUGUAUGAGAUCUCAGAAUCCUGUGGAAAGCUCAAAGAGCAGUCAAUCAGACAGCAUUAAUCUAAAACAUGAACUUUCUUUCAAAGAGCAACGGGCUUUUGAGAAGAAGCUGGAAGAAAUUAAACAGCAGCAUCAGCACCCUGAAGAUUUCUAUUCAUUUAUGAUUAUGAAAGAACAAUUUAAUCCAGAGUAUAUAAAAAAUGUGGUCAAGAACACACUGAAAGGUUUGGACAUUAACAGCAAACAAGGACAACUUAUUUCCUUCCUGGCAAUAUUAAACUCUUACGUUACGGAGUCCAGUAUUUCAGUAUCGCAAUGUGAAGAUUUCUUUGGAAUAAUUAUUAAAUAUUGGGGUAAAGAAAGUUUAGAAGACAAGAUGGGAAUUUGUUCUAAUAUUCUAAUACAAAGUCAGGUGCAAGAACAUGGAUCAUACAAAGGAGUGCGUAUCAUUCACCCACUGAUCGCUAAUUGCUGUCUAGAAGAAUUUAACCUAACCUAUAGGUUAACUAAAAGUGCAAUAACACUGCAAUUGUUAAAACAGAAUUUAUUUUAUGAUUCUGGCUUGGGAAGAAGAAAACUUCUAGAUGAUGUGCAAAGUAUGCUACUUACCAGACAACGUAAAGAACAUGGAGAUGACGCAGACACAUUGUUUUCCCCAUUAAUUGAAAAAAUACAGAAGGAAGAAGGUAGUGCUGAAGUUGAAAGCGUGUUACGUGAAGGAGCCAUUCGAUUUAGCCAAAACCCAUUCAUUUGCCAAGCCUUAGCAAGACACUACUACAUUAUAGACAAGAAUUUUGGGUCUGCACUGGAGUGGGCCAAAAAAGCCAAAAAAAAAGCUCCUAACAAUUCAUAUAUAUCAGAUACUUUAGGCCAAGUUUUUAAAAGUCAGGUAAAAAAUUGGGUGGAUGAAAAUGCAAAAAGGAAGGUCAUAACUGCUGAAGACCUGAAACGUUUGCUAGAGCUUGCUAAGUGUGCUUCAGAGGCUUUUAAAGAAUCCCAGCAACAGAAUGAAAGUAGAGACAGUGUAAAAGAAGCUUUGCAGCUCCAAAAGUCUAAACGGAGGUAUGAUACUUAUAAUACAGCUGGUUAUUUGGGGGAGAUAGAAACUGGUCUGUACACUAUAGAUAUUCUUGGGUGUACUCCUCUUUUCAACAAAAAAAAUACAUUGUCCCAAGAAGAUAUGCUACAAUAUUUGUCAGGAAAGCAUGCCAUCCCAACAGCAACUAGUGACACUGAAAGUGAAGAAUAUAAGUUUGCACUUGACUAUUACUGUGUUUAUUUAUCUAAUUUGCGCUCAAGUUUGAAGGAGGCAUUUGAGUUUUUUGAGAACUACUUUGUCCUUCUGAAACCAAGAAAUAUUGAAAAAGAAAGUGUGGAGUUCAAAAUACGUAAGAGGGUUCGAGAAUGUUUCAACAAAUAUGCAGAAAUAUUUUGCCACUUGGAUCCUGAGAUAUCGGGGGACAAUCCAAUGAGUUCAAAACUCAGUUUGCCUCGGCAGGAGGAUCACUGCAGGAGAAGUUUGGAGGCUUCCAAAGCAGACAGGUUUUCUGGGCUUUUGGAGUACCUCAACAGUCAUGAAAAAGCUGAAAGCAAAAUGGAAGACAUAGUGAAUAAAUAUACAUUUUUGAUUGAAAAAUGCACACACAGACCCCUGUUGAGGGAGAAGCAGAAUUUCAUUUUGGCAAACAUUGUUCUCAGUUGUAUUAAACCUAAAUCCAGGAAGAUAUGUGCUCUUCAUGAAUUGAAAGCACAGCUUAGAAAAAUCCUACAGCUAGUAGGUCUAGAGCAUCGAUUUUCAGAACCUUACUUCUUAGCCUCUUUAUUAUUCUGGCCAGAGAAUCAAAAACAAUUAGAUCAGGAUUCCAGACAAAUGGAAAAGUAUGUCACAUCACUGAAGAAGUCUUUUAGAGGGCAAUACAAACAAAUGUGUCGUUCCAAGCAGCCUGUUGCUCAUUUCUAUCUUGGGAAUAGUAGAGGUCUGAAUAGGCUUGUUCACAAAGGAAAAAUAGAUCAGUUUUUCAGUCCGCUCCAAGUACAUGACUUGCAUUCCCUGUGGCAGAAAGGAUGCAUAUGGGAAGAAAAGGAUGUCCGAGAUCUAUUGCUUCGUCUACAUGGCAAGGUCGAAAAUGAUCUUGUCUAUGUGGACUAUGGAAUUGAUGAAAAAAUCAGUAUACCAGUGCGACCUGCUUUCUUAGGCCAGCUCAGAAGUGGCAAAAGCAUAGAAAGAGUGUCUUUCUAUCUGGGAUUUUCCAUGGAUGGUCCAAUAGCAUAUGACAUAAAAAUGAUUUAA